AUGUCCUUUGCAUUCACCGUCUUGAUAAUGCUUCUGGGCUCUUCGGCCGUGGUUGCAUUUGUCUUGCAGCCAUCCAAUGAAGAACCAGCAACCUCUGCCAUUAGUUGCCAUGGCGAGUCAUUGGAGUCCAUCAGGAAGAAUCUCCUGAGAGCUCUCAACCUGGAGGCCGAGCCUCGGCUUCCUGCUGGCGGGCUGCACGCUAUCAGAGAGCAAUGGCAGCGCACCACUUCUCACAGAGCCAAAGUUGCUGCAGCUGCAGCAGCCCCUGACUCACGUGAUGGAGAAAACCGUCUGAGGUGCUGCUCCGCGGCCUCUGAGAUCUUCAUGAAAGAUCUGGGCUGGGACAACUGGGUGAUCCAUCCCUCCAGCCUCACCAUUGUUCAGUGUGCACUCUGCAACCCUGAGAUGAACACCGUGCAAUGUCCAUCAUCCCACACCAAUGGCCAGGAGGCCGACUCACAGGUCCAGGUGCCAUGUUGUCAGCCCAGCUCCCAGGAAUUGGUGCCCGUCGUGUACAUGGACGAGUCCAGCACUGUCGUCAUUUCCUCUGUGCAGCUGACCCGCAGCUGCGGGUGUGGACCUGGAGCCAACAGAGAGUAA